AUGGCACCUGAGCCACUACAUAGACCUUCAAGUGGGCCCCACCCCCGAAACGUGAAACACAAAAGUAAAGAACCAAUGAGGAUGCGGUAUUUGAUAGACUCACUCAGAGCCACUACUUUAGAUACGCACGCUCACACGUGUCAACCGUGCGUCACCUCACGCUAUCUCUCUCACUCGCUCGCUCCAUGUCCGUUUUACUCAAAACUGUCCUCUCUCUCUUUCGCCCCCCUUUCUUCGCGCCGCGCGUCAUGUGAAAGACGAGCGAGUUCCCCGCAACGACGUAUUUUUGCAGCGCUUGCUUCGUUUGUUGUUGUUGUUGUGCUGAUUCUCUCUGUGUGA